AUGCACAACUCAUUAUACAGCGGUCCUGAAAGUGACGCUGGUAGUUUACAUGGGUCUUGUAUUAAAAGUAUGACGAUCAGUACCUCAAAUUUGAGACUAUGCUCGGCUGUUUCCAGACCUCGUCUUACCGAUAGCCGGACUCCGCGGUUCACUUCAGUCUGUCCGCGUCACAAUAUAGAUAGGGAUCCAGCCAAAGCGGCAGACUUGCUACCUGCAGAGGACACUGUGUCAAAGCCUUUGAUUAGAGCCAAAAUGCCAGAUCAGCCAGUUUCACCGAUCCCAACCCUACCUGAUCUGCUGUCCAGUAAAUUCAAUCCCUCAGCCAGACAGGUGAAGCGCACUCGGCGGCCUACGAGGCCCGAAAAGCCGAUUUUAUCCCGUCCAUGUAGCCAGGCUUAUCAGAUAAAACAACCUCUAGGAGUCAAAAAUUCUUGCCUUCCGUCCUCUCCUUCCUCGUGCCAAGCUAUCGUGAACACUUUAAACACCACUAAUGCCGUUUCUCUUUAUUCGAAUUUAGUAGACGAUAAAUUUCCAUUUUUGGCCCAAACGUCUAUGUCUAAAGCCGAAUCAAAACGGGCCGAUGUGGUCCCUUGCAUAGUCAUUCCCAGCUCCGAAGUUGACUGCUCUGUAUUGCAAGUCGAUUCGUUAAGUCACAAAGCCAUCUCUUUAUCUUCCUCUUCUCCAUCAUCAUCAUCCUCGGUAUCUUCUUUCACUACUACAACAUCAUUCCGUGGAUUGAACGCUAGCCAGAACACACAACCAUCUGCCUCAUUUCUCGGUAAUCACCAAUCAUUGGAAAAUGAGGCUGUUGAUUCCAGUUAUUUUCCUGCUACUAAGAAUCCGACUCAGUCUCUAAUAGAACCUUCAUCUGGAUCGUCUUCACCUCUGUCAAUAUUUCCCUCAGCUCCUGCCUAUGCUAACCCAUGGAUAAUUGGAACCUCCGACUCCCCAAACGUCACAACGACCUCAGCAUCUUCGUCAUCAUCUUCCUUGCCCUCGCUUAAUCUAUCCUGUGAAACUAAACCAUCUCUUCAACAGCCAUCUAUCACGGCACAUAGUCAGUAUUCUGGACUGGAAAACCACACCAAUCCUCACUCUCGAAGUAGUAGACCGGAUAAAGCUGGUGAACUUGGGGCGAUAGAGCGAGGAAUCGCGAUAACUGCUGAUGGGAUAUCUCAUUGUCUGGGCAAGCAUUUUGUAGAAGCAAAAAGAGCGGUGGAAUCAAUCAGGUGUGCUAGCGAAAUUGACAACCCAGAUAAUGCAAUGAUAGAAGAAAAUAGUUUAAACACCCGAAUUUUUAAUAAACAACUUCAGGAGUCGAAUCAGCAAGAAAAUAAAAUGGAAAAUAAGCACCGAGGCAUCACUAUACUUGAGCUGCUCCGUGAGGAACGUCUAAAGGAGGAGACUUGCCUGAAGGACUUUGAUCACCAUGUAUGUGGAAGUUAG